AUUCUAUUUUGUAUUAUUAAGAUGAAGGUAUUUUCAGGAAAAUGUCGAGGAUUGAAGAUGUUCUCAGCAUUAUUUCAGAUGGGCUUCAGGCUGUCACGGAGGGGUGUAAGCUUCCAGUGCGAAUGAAGAAUUCAGAGGAAUGGCCGAAAGCAGAAGUAAUUAGUAUACGCCAGGUGAAAGGUGUGUUACAGUACUAUGUUCACUAUGUGGAUUACAAUAAGCGACUAGAUGAAUGGGUUACUGAAGAUAGACUUGAUACAAGGAAGAUAGAAUCUGCACAGGGUAAGGAUGAGAAAGGUCAUAAUAACACCUGUCACACAACAGGAUUCAACACACCAAAGAAAGCAACAACAUUAUCAGCAAGUGUUAGUAGCUCUAGACCACCAUCUCCAGGUGGCGAGGAACCACUAAUUACAGGGCCCACAGUUCUCCAGGUAGGGCUGGGAACUGGUGAGCAACCGCUGAUAACAGGACCAACAGUUCUUCAGGCUGCUUUACAGAAGAAGACGGCUAGGAAGCGCAAAUCCCAGAACAGCAUCAGUGCAGAUACACCUUCUCAACCCCAGGAUGUUAACCAGUCUUCUGAGGAUGUUAUUGAUGGAGGUGAGAAGAAGGAUGGAGAUAAGGAUAAAACCCCUAGCACACCUAGACUAACAGGAUCUCUAGCAGCUCCAGGAACACAUGAUGAUGCCAUUACAAGGAUGAAGAAUGUUGAACUAAUUGAACUGGGACGACACAGAAUCAAACCUUGGUACUUCUCUCCCUAUCCGAUAGAACUAGUAACUCUACCUUGUAUCUACAUCUGUGAGUUCUGUCUCAAGUUUGUCAAGUCUAGAAUAUGCUUGGAGAGACACCUGGCUAAAUGUAAUCUAAAGCAUCCUCCUGGGAAUGAAAUCUACAGAAAAGGAUCCAUCUCUUUCUUUGAAAUUGAUGGUCGUAAAAACAAGAUUUAUGCGCAAAACCUAUGUUUGCUUGCUAAACUUUUCUUAGAUCACAAGACCCUGUACUACGACACAGAUCCUUUCCUCUUCUAUGUUAUGUGUGAAUGCGAUAGCAAGGGUUGUCAUAUUGUUGGAUAUUUCUCUAAAGAGAAGGAGUCAAGUGAAGAUUAUAAUGUUGCCUGUAUCCUAGUUCUUCCACCAUAUCAAAGGAAGAGUUAUGGAAAACUGUUAAUAGAGUUCUCAUAUGAACUUUCAAAAUUUGAAGGCAAGACUGGGAGUCCUGAGAAACCGUUAUCAGAUCUUGGUCUUUUGUCUUACAGAAGCUACUGGACACAUGCCAUACUCCUGGUGAUCCUGGGAACUAAAGGAAGUGAGGAGGGUGAACCUCCACAGAUAACUAUUAAUGAGAUCUGUGAACAGACAAGUAUCAAGAAGGAGGAUGUUAUUUCUACUCUACAGUCCAUGAACCUGAUUAACUACUAUAAGGGUCAGUACAUCAUUUGUCUACAGAAGGAUUUAUUGGACAAACAUCAGAAGGAGAUGAAUAAGAGAGCUCAGAAGAUUGAUUCCAGAUGUUUACACUGGACGCCAAAAGAUUGGAGUAAAAGAUCUAAAUAACCAGGUGGAGCAUUGUUCACUUCUGUUUUAGAAAUAAAAGGAUUCCUGAAACCCUGGUUCAGAAGUGUACCUGAAAAUAUGUGUUGAAUUAUUUUAGUUAAUGAGAAUUCAGUGUCCACUGUCCAGAUACAAUGUUUAUUGUAAAGUAAUAUUUUCAUUGAUUUAAUAGUUGUGUUUAAUGGACAAGUUGGGAAAAAUCACCAUUUAAUUCUAAAAUUGAGAUUCACAACCCUCUCACUAUUGCCUAUUGUUUUUCCAUUAAGCUUUGGCCAAUAAGAUUAAUGAUAUCUUUAAAGUAACUUUUCUUUUUUGUAAAUAAUUGUCAUAUUGUAAUAAACUUGAAUUAUGUUGAUUGUACCUAAAAUUUCA